UUAUGAGGACACCGCAAGAGGACCGAAGUAUGAUCAUGGGGACUAAUACCGAGCUCGCCGUACGGAAUCACAUUGAGGUCCAAGCUGUUGCUGCAGGCUAUGAACGAAUAGACCUGACUGAAUGGUUGAAGGUAACCCCAGUACGCACCCUUGAGGACCUUCUCCUCGCACGAUACCAAGACAAGCAUGCUGCGCUCAAGGCUAGGCUGAAGCUUGAGGCCCUCAAGGGUCAAACAUGGAGGUCCUCCAUGCAAACUUUGGAACAACACUUGACUGGUCUGUUCACUACUCCAGAUGUGGGAAUAACUGAUGUGUCUUGUAUGGAUGUAGUCAUGGGAGUGGCCCCGAAAGAAUACCUYUCCCUGUUGGCACUCAAAGACCAUACCACCUGGCGAGAGCUCAUGACGGAUCUAGUCAACCUAGAAGCCAAGGACCUCGCCAGGCGGAAGAAGGCGCCCGCUGCAGGUGGGAAACCACAACGCAAGCGGUUUGGAAGCAGCAACCAGCUUGCACUGCAUGAUCAUCGGGAGGCUGAAGAUCAGUCCUAUGCGGAUGAUCUGUCUCUAAAUGAUGAUCUAGAGCCGGACCUCGAUAUGGGUUGUUCCACAUCAGCCAUUGAGUCUGACGUCAACGAAGAUGAAAAACUGAAUGCUUUUAGAAAGACUGCUUCAAACAAGGGGCUCAACCGUGGUUCGAGUAGGGGAACUGUUGUCCACCUCCCCAAUAACGCAAAGAUCCUUGAGAAAUCGGAGGAUGCAUCAACCAAGCCUUGGGAAGCCCUCCGUAUCAGUCAAAAGGAAUGGGAAAGAAGAUCUAAACUGCGCAUAUGCCUGCAUUGUCAGAAGCCUGGGCAUGUUGUGCAGGACUGUUACAGACUUCAGGAAAACAAGCAAAGGGCGUAGAGGAGUCAUCAGCACUCCCUACGACAAGGGAAGUCGGAACAUCAGUUGCAUGCUCCUCUAAUCAGCCUGAAUCUGAUCAACAGCCUACUCUUGAAGCCCGGAACGACGUUGAUCCCAAGGCUGCUGCAGUUCAUGUGCUUUACACUGAGCCUUAGGAGGAGUAUAAGGAAGUUGACUUCCACGCUCACAUGGAACAUUGGCUGCAACUCAACCAGCAACGCCGUGUUCAGGCGAGUGUGGAGCUAACCUUCUUUAAACUGCUCAUUAACCGCCGAUACAUUUGCGUGCUGAUUGGCAGUGGUUCAACCACUAAUUUCUUUUCUCCUAACGGGAUUCGUAAGACGGGCCUGGGAAUGAAGCAAGUGGAACUGC